AUGCCAGCGAAGAAAAAGUCUGCGGCUCAUGAUGCCGAGAAGGGGGAGCUUCUGCGUCAAGCGGAGCUGCGGAAACUCGCCGAAGAGCAGGAGCGUCUGCACAAACUGGAGACGGAAGCACGUCAACGGCUGGAGGGGGAGUGGAGGCGCGCCUUGGACGAUGAGUGUCAGCGGCAGAUGGAAAUUCGCCGCGCCAUCACCGACUGGGAGUUGAAGUUGACGUUCGAGGUUCGCGAGCAGCAGUUGCGAGACGACCUCGAACGCAAAGACUGCGAGUGUCGCGAGCUCCGCGCAAAGUUGAAUGGAUUGCAGUUGAGCGUUGAAACCAUGAUGCAGGAUCGGGAAUCCGCCCUGCGGCGGGUGGCCAUGUUAAGCAACGAACUUGAACUCGCACAGAUGAAGAGCGUCGAGGCAGAGGCUGCGUUCGACGAGAAAAUUCGCGAGACUUACGCACGACUGCGGGAAGUGGAAAGUUUACGCGAUGAGUCAGUGGACGCAUAUAGUGGACUGAAGAUGGAGUGCGAGCGUCUCAAGAGGGGGAAUGAGGAAAUACAGGCCAAGUUGGACGCUGUCCAGGCGGCGCAGGCCACGGAUCUCUCGGCUAUUGAUGCUCAACUUUUACAGGUGCAUCCGCAAAGCACCGACGCAGAGACGGCACUACUGUUAAAAGUUCUCAACGAGGAAGUAGAGAAACACCGCGAGACGGUACGUUUGCUUCAAUCUGAGCUUGAACGAAAGGGUCGAGAUGAUGAGAAAGGAAGUGUGCUUAUCAGUCUUCUUAACUCCCAACUGGAGUCCUCGCGGGAUGAGUGCAAACGGCUUCAUGAGCUUUCCACGGAUAGGCGGAGGGAACUAGAGGCUGUGCAGUCCCUGCUGGAUGGUGAACGUGAGAAGACGAAAACACUCUACCGUGAUCUUGACAAGGCAUACGCGGAGGCGACUGUGGAGCGUAGGCAGUUCACUCUGGAGAUUGGUGUACAUAAGGCGCAGGUGGGGGAACUCACCAAUACUUUGGAAAGGGUAAACGCAGAGCUGUCAGAGUUGAAGGAGCAGUUUGAUGCCCACCGUGCCAAGGCUGCGGAACGUGAGCAGUACGACUUUCAGGUGAAUGUCUCCCUCAAAGGAGAGGUGGAACAGCUCAAGAAGGAUCUUAAUAAAAUGGUGGAGGAAAUGCGUAUUGCUGGCGACGAUGCGUACACAAAGAAGGCGCUUUUGCGUGCGGAAAUUGAGAGUCUUAAGAUACGUCUGCAAAAAUUACAGGAGAACGCGGAAAAGAAUGAGCGGGAGGCGUUUGAGACGAUAGCAGUGCUGCGCGCCACAACAGAACGGCUGCAGGAGGAGAAGGUGACUAUGGUGCGUACCACUGAAGAGGACACGCGGAAGCUGCGGGAUAAUUUGACGUCUCUGGCCGCCGCACGUGAUGCUCUUCAGGCCCUUUUUGAUAAAUUAAAGGCACAGAAGGAGGAGGUUGAAAAGGACCUGUUUGAAAAACUUCUUCGCAUGACGGCAAACCACGACCGCCUGCAUGAGGAUCUGCAGCAGGCCAGGACGGCGUACGCGGCCCGCGAGAAGGAGUUCGUCGAGAACGCCAUUUUUCUUAACGCGGAGAAGGAAACACUGAAAAGUACAGUGGAGGAACUUACUGAAAAGCUUGCGCGGCGGACGCAGGAGCACGCGCAGCAUGUGCAGAGCAUCACGGAAGAACUCACCGCACUCAAGGCAAGGGCGGAGAAGCAGCUGAAGGCACACCAAAGUGCCCAGCGGUCGGAGACGGAACGUGCUAGCAACGCAGAGGCGGAGGUGCAGGCACUGAAGCGGCAGGUAGCGGAGCUGGAGCUGCUGUUGGCGACGAGGCGACGCGAGCGUGAUGAGAUGGAGCAGGCGAUGAAAUGUGAGAUUCGUGAGCUUCGGCUGGAACUCAACGCGGCAAAGCGUACAAUUGAGCGGUUUGAGUGCGCCCUUGGUGACACCUCGUACAAGUCUUUGUGUGAGGCAAACGACCGCAUGCGUCGGGACUUGGAGCAGCAGCGCGAAAAGGUGGCGGUGCUUAACGACACGAUCGCCUCAAUGAAGGUGGAGUCAACCGUCAUGGAAAGCUACAAGGAGAAGAUGCUUGCCGACAAGAAUGAGCGGUACUCCAGGCGUGUUCAGCAACUAGAGGCGUUACGACAGAUUAUGAACCCACUUUUUUUUGAGCUACGUUCUAUUGUUGAAAGGCACGGUCUUGUAGGUGUACUGCGUCGCGAUCUUGAUGCGUUUGAUGAUCACGUGCGACGAUCACGUCUGGCGACAGGGCAUGAGAAGUGGCAUAACGCCCCCGCUUCCCCUCUGGAAAAGGCGGCUGCAACAAGUAAUGCCAACUGCCGUGCAUCAACUUUCGAAAAUGGCUAUCCAACUUUACCUGCGGUUGAUCCUCAACGUGCAUUCCAAAGCGACGAUGCUGAAAGGUGCCGCUUUUUCCCACGGAAACCGGCGUCCGCAGUUCUGCAACCGCAAGAACAACAACCGUCAUCCAUCAUGAAUGAGCUUCCAAGCAUUGUUUGA